UGAAUGAAGAGAAGAAGAAGGAAAGAGGCAACUCGGGGACCUUGCAGUUAGAUAAACCUCUGCUCCUCUCUCUCCACUCCAGGCUGAGUUACGGCAAGGAAGGCAGCAGGCAGAGGCAGGCAGUGGCGGACGCAAACUCAACACAACUUCUUGGGGAGCAGAGAUUGGCUCCAGCGUGGGGCAGAAGCCGGCCGUGGGGUGGUGUUCUUUUUUUGCACCGCAGGAGAGGAGAAGAGGAAGAGUUUGCGGAGAGGCGGAAGGGAAAGGGUCAAGCGCCAAAAUGCGGGGAGCUGGCAAGGUGGGCAUAACUGGGCUGAGCUGGCACGCUUGAAAGAUUGGCACGCCUUAGCACAGCACCCCGUGCCACUCUCUGCGGGGUUUUGAAGGGGUGAGGAAGAUUCGGGGCAGGUGGGUGCAUCGGGGUUGCACCCGGGGCGAGGCCAGGGGAUGAAGGCCUGGUGUCGUGGCGGCAGUGGGGUGGCCCUCUGCGGGCUGUGGCUCUGCCCGGGGAAGCCCCUGAAAGUGGCGUCCCCCCACGGCCUGGCAUUUGUGUGCUGGAUCCUAGUGGCCCUCUCUCAGCUGGGCCCGGCACGUGCAGCCAACUUGACCAUCGCCGUGGUGCUUCCCGAGCGCAACACCACGUACCCCUGGGCCUGGCCACGGGUGGCACCCGCCAUACAGCUAGCCGUCCGCAAAGUCAAUGCUCGGCCGGACCUGCUUCCGGGCUACACCGUCCAGCUGGUCUUUGGAACCAGCGAGGACGAGCACGGCGUCUGCUCGGACAGCCUGGCCCCCAUAUCGGCCGUCGACCUCCAGAUGAGCGCCACCCCAGACCUGUUUGUGGGGCCCGGCUGUGUCUACCCCGCAGCCCCUGUGGCCCGCUUCACCCGCCACUGGGGGCUCCCGCUGGUGACUGCCGGGGCCGAGGCCGUUGGGUUUGCCAACAAGGCCAGUGGAUAUGCUUUGACCACCCGCACCGGGCCGAGCCACGGCAAGCUGGGCGAUUUUGGGGCCUACCUCAACCAGCACUUCAACUGGACGCGCCAUGCCAUGCUCCUCUACUGGGACAACAAAAACGACGACCGCCCUUGUUUCUUCGCCGUGGAAGGUCUGUACCUUAGGCUGCCAGCCUUGAUGAACAUGACGAUGGAGGACAUUCCUUUCUUGGAGGCGAACUACACCGCGCUGAUACGCGACAUCAAGCGAAAAGCCAGGAUCGUGUUCGUCUGCUGCGCCCCCGACAUCUUCCGUGAGCUCAUGGUCCAUGCGUAUCGUGAGGGGCUCACCACGGGCGAAUACGCCUUCCUCUACAUCGACCUCUUUGGGGCGAGCCUGCAGAGCUCCACAUUCCCCGAUCGGCAGCUCCCCUGGCGGCGGGAUGAUGGGAACGACACUGUUGCCCGCGAGGCCUACAAGGCCGUCAUGAUCAUCACGUACGCAGAGCCCACCAACCCGGAAUACAGGCCGUUCCUGCAGGAGGUCAAGGAAGGGGCUCGAGUGCAGUUCAAUUUCACCAUGGAAGACGGCCUGAAAAACUUCAUCGCUGCUGCCUUUCACGAUGGGGUGAUGCUCUUUGCUCAAGCAGCCAGUGAGAUGCUACAGCAGGAGGGAUCCUUCUCCAACGCCACCUUGACCACCCGCCAGAUGCAGAACCGGACUUUUUAUGGGGUCACAGGGACCCUGAAGAUUGACGAGAGCGGCGACCGGGAGAUGGAUUUUUCCCUCUGGGACAUGAACCCAACAGAGGGGGAGUUUGAGAUCGUCGCCACUUACAACGGGAUCACCAAGAAGAUCAAGAUGGUUCCCGGAAAGGAUAUCCACUGGCCAGGGAACGUCAUUCCGAGGGAUGUGCCCUUCUGUGGUUUCGAGAACACCAACCCAGCCUGCCAAAAAGCCUCCUUCUCACUGCUGGAGAUCUUGUCCCUCACGAUGACCUUGGUCCUGUCCGUCAUCAUCGUCACGGCUUUCUUUGUGUACAGGAAACUGAAGCUGGAGAAGGAGCUGGCCUCUGAGCUGUGGCGGGUGCAAUGGGAGGAUGUUCAGUCCAGCAACUUGGAGAAGAACCUCCGCAACAUGGGGAGCAAACUCACUCUCUCACUGAGAGGCUCAAACUAUGGCUCCCUUCUCACCACAGAGGGACAGUUCCAGGUUUAUGCCAAGACAGCUUAUUAUAAGGGGAACCUCGUGGCCGUGAAACAUGUAAACAGGAAGCGGAUUGAUUUGACACGGAAGGUGCUCUUCGAGCUGAAACAUGUGCGGGAUGUUCAGAACAAGCACCUGACACGCUUUAUCGGAGCCUGCAUCGACCCCCCAAACAUCUGCAUCUUGACAGAGUACUGCACCCGUGGCAGCCUCCAGGACAUCCUGGAGAACGAGAGCAUCACCUUGGACUGGAUGUUCCGCUAUUCGCUCACCAGUGACAUCGUCAAGGGGAUGCUUUUCCUCCACAACAGUGUGAUCAGCUACCACGGCAACCUCAAGUCCUCCAACUGCGUGGUGGACAGUCGCUUCGUGUUGAAGAUCACAGACCAUGGGCUGGAGAGCUUCCGUCAGGCGCCCGAGACGGACGAUUCCCACACGCUGUUUGCCAAGAAACUCUGGACGGCCCCCGAGUUCCUGCGCAUGGAGUCGAACCCCUUUCUGGGCACCCAGAAAGGCGACGUCUACAGCUUUGGGAUCAUCCUGCAGGAGAUUGCCCUGCGGAACAGCGUCUUCUACGUGGAAGGCAUGGACCUGAGCCCCAAAGAAAUCAUCGAGCGAGUGAAGAGCAGCGAGUGCCCCCCCUUCCGCCCCUCGGUGAACUUGCCAUCCAACCUCGAGGAGGUGGUCUUCCUGAUGCAGCGGUGCUGGGCCGAAGACCCCCAGGAGCGCCCCGACUUCCACCACAUCAAAGGCAUGCUGCGGAAAUUUGACAAGGGCAACAGCUGCAACCUCUUGGAUACGUUAUUGUCACGCAUGGAGCAGUACGCCAACAACCUGGAGGAGCUGGUGGAGGAGCGCACACAGGCCUAUCUGGAGGAGAAGCGCAAGGCAGAGGCUCUGCUCUACCAGAUUCUGCCCCACUCAGUGGCGGAGCAGCUGAAGCGCGGGGAGACGGUGCAAGCAGAGGCAUUUGACAGUGUCACCAUCUAUUUCAGCGACAUCGUGGGCUUCACUGCCCUGUCGGCAGAGAGCACCCCCAUGCAGGUUGUCGCUUUGCUCAACGACUUGUACACCUGCUUUGAUGCCAUCAUUGAUAACUUUGAUGUCUACAAGGUGGAGACCAUCGGCGAUGCGUACAUGGUUGUGUCGGGCCUCCCAGUGCGCAACGGACGGCUGCAUGCCCGUGAGAUUUCCCGCAUGUCACUGGCACUCCUUGAGACCGUUCGCAACUUCAAGAUCCGCCAUCGGCCGGACCAGCAGCUCAAACUGCGAAUUGGGAUCCACAGCGGCCCUGUCUGUGCCGGAGUUGUGGGCCUGAAGAUGCCUCGCUACUGCCUCUUUGGGGACACAGUCAACACAGCCUCCCGCAUGGAGUCCAACGGGGAAGCUCUGAAGAUCCACUUGUCCGGAACCACCAAGUCCAUCCUGGAAGAGUUUGGGUGCUUUGAUCUGGAGCUCCGUGGGGAUGUGGAGAUGAAGGGGAAGGGCAAACUCCGGACCUACUGGCUGUUGGGUGAGCGUGUGAGCAGCACGCGGGGCUGAAGAGUUGCGGCCUUCCUCCAGGAUUCCCAGGAGAUCGCCUAACCCUCCUGCUUUCCCGAAGGCGGGUACGUCUGUCGUCUCUGCCCUGCCACCAAAGACCCUCUGUUUUCAGGGCACCCUCCGGGGGUCAGGGAGAUCCCGGACUGAGCCCCCAGGACCCUACUCCCUUGGAGCAGCCCACCCACCUCCACCUCGGGCCUUUUGAGCAUGUCAGCUGCUCUGACCCAGCUCUGAGCCCGCAAAGACUGGACAGUGCACCCGUGGCCUGGAGCAGCCAUCGCUACGGAUGUCUCCUUUUCCCCUGUUUCACAUCAGCUCCCCGUUGACCACGUCAACCAGACAUAGUUGGGGUCCUUCACGAUGCCUGGUAGACUCAACAAACUGCACCAGCCCCUCCCUCUAUGUAAGCUGGUUGGACAUCUGGCAGUCCCUUGUGAAUUUGGCAUCUGGAGCGAGGACGCCUGAGCAUCUCACAAGACCUCGUGCCUGUAUGUGACCCACUGCUGAUUUCAAACACAACCCCCCCCCCCCGAAAAAAGCUCUAGCUUUAUAAUAAAAUGAAUGUAUGCGUCACUCUCUGCCUUCCCUGAACAACAAGACGCGACCUGCAGAACCGUAUUGAAAGUCCUCCCUCUGAUGAUGAUCUCUCUGCCUCCCGCACAUGUAAACUGGUUGUGAUGACUUCGUCACGGAGGGGGUGGCGGCACUCUGCACAUGCACAGAGGCACUUGUCGUUGCUACCUCGCAUAUCACUGGGAGUGAAAAUAGACUGUAUUGUUACAGCGGGGUGUUUGUGUGCAUGUGUUGAGAGAGGGAGGGAGGGAGGGAGGUAUGGUUUCUGGAGCAAGUUAUGUUAAACAAGUUAUGAAAACAGAGGUGGGGAGAGAAACAAGGGGAGGGUUGUUGUUGCUUUUUGGCUUAACCCUUUCUGCACGCAUUUUAAGGCAAAAAAAAAAUCAUCUUCCAGAUGCCCUUUGUGUUGGAGGAAAAGCUGUUGUUGACACAAAUGCCAGCUUCCAUCCCCCAGCAAUUACGUGUGUGUGUGUGUGUGUUCAUCAGGGCUAUGAUGCUUUGGGGAAGCUACUUCCACCCCACUCCUUGCCACACCCGCCAUUUUACAAAACCAAUGACGCAGCCGCCUAUGAUUGUGAUAAUGGAUUCAACCUAUUGUGUAGUUCAGCCCUUUAUGAACUAACUGUCGGAGCUGGUCAGCAUAAAAUCCAUCCUCUCCACUGGUCAUGUGCAAACGGGACCGCGGGGUGGGGUGGGGGGUGGGGUGGGGAUUGUGAGCCUGCCACAGUGAAUAACGUAAAUAAAGGCUGACAUGUGAGCCCUUUCGGCGAGGCAA